GUUGUUCUUUUAGUUCAGGCUCUAGGAGUGAAAUUUGUCUGUGUCCGUUCACGUAAACCCCAGGAGACUGGGUAUGGAGCAGUGUAUUUCCUUCUCUUCCCGAUGGCUCGCUGCCUUCCGUAUCCCUUGCACUCGACACCCCUCUUAGCGCUGGGACAGAAGGAAUGGAGCCUCAUCCUCUCCUGCUCAGAGUUUCUUGCCGCUAUGGAAGUCUGGUCUUCCUCAAGGCUCACCUGCAGAAGCCAUUUAAAUAGUAUCUGGCCGAUCCUGGUCCUGAAUAGUUUCACCAUGGAGUACCCUUGUGGUCUUCUCACCUGCUCCAAGCAGCCAGUGCCUCUUAAGAGCAUCUCUGUGGCUGUGUCUAUCCGUGAGUUUGUGGCAGAUGUGUCUGCAACCCUGGACUACAAGAAUGAGGAAGCAGAUCCUGUGGAAGCGUUCUUUGUGUUCCCCAUGGAUGAAGACUCUGCUGUUUAUAGCUUCCAGGCUCUGGUGGAUGGGAAGAGUAUAGUGGCAGAAAUACAGGAGAAGCAGCAGGCCCAGGAGAAUUAUGAGAAUGCCAUCUCCCAAGGCCAACAAGCCUUCCUUCUGGAGCAGGAUAGCAGCUCUGGUGACAUCUUCAGCUGUAGUCUAGGAAAUUUGCCCCCUGGCCAGAAGGCUGCUGUCACUCUGAGCUAUGUUCAGGAACUGUCCCUGGAGGCAGAUGGGGCUGUUCGCUUUGUCCUGCCAACCAUCUUGAAUCCGCGCUAUGUCCUGCAAGAGUCAGCUGAGGCAGACAUCACCUCUCAAAUCCCUCGGCUUCCUGCUAAGGAGCUGCCCUACACAUUUAGUGUCAGUGCCAACGUCUGCUCUCACAACGGCAUUGAGAAAGUCCAGUCCAACUGUGCUCUGAGUCCCCUGCAGUACUUGGAAGAUGACAAGACUGUUGCCCAGAUUUCCUUGGCUAAAGGGCAUCAGUUUGAUCGGGAUGUGGAGAUUCUUGUUUACUACAGAGAGGUGAACACACCCAGUGUGUCUGUGGAGCUAGCCCAGGCUGAUGCCAAACCAGGUUCCAUGAUGGGAGAUCCAGCUGUGAUGGUGAGUUUCUACCCUAGCAUCCCUGAGUCUCAGGGAGAGAACACUGCUGAAUUUAUCUUCCUCAUGGACCGCUCAGGGAGCAUGUGUUCCCAAAUGAAUAGUAAAGAAUGUACCCAGUCACGCAUAGAGAGUGCCAAGGAAACUCUGGUCCUGUUGCUGAAGAGUUUGCCCCUUGGCUGUUUUUUCAAUAUCUAUGGCUUUGGAUCCUCCUUUGAGUCAUUCUUUCCAGAGAGUGUGGAGUAUACCCAGAAGUCCAUGGAGGAGGCUGUGCAGAGAGUAAAGGCUCUAGAAGCAAACCUGGGAGGGACUGAAAUCUUAGAGCCCCUGAAGGACAUUUAUAGCAAGUCCUGCAGGCCAGGCCACCCUCGGCAGCUCUUCGUCUUCACAGAUGGAGAAGUUUGUGAUACCUGGAAGGUCAUUGCUGAAGUUCAACGCCACAGUCAGAAUCACAGGUGUUUCUCUUUUGGAAUUGGAGAAGGGGCUUCCACCGGUCUCGUUAAAGGCAUUGCUCGGGCAGCUGGGGGCACUGCAGAGUUCAUCACAGGCAGGGACAGAAUGCAGCCCAAGGCUCUCCGGUCCCUCAAGCGGGCUCUGCAGCCAGUGGUACAGGAUGUCUCCCUGACCUGGACUCUGCCCCCUGGGAUAGAGACUACCUUGCUCUCUCCAGCUCCUACUGUCAUCUUCCAGGGUCAGAGGUUAAUCGUCUAUGCCCAGUUGAAAGGGACAAAUGCAUCCAAAGAGGCAGCAGGUGAGAUGUGUCUUCACUACACACUCCAAGGUGAUGCCUUCAAGAACACAGUGCCAUUCUCCCUGGAGCCCAAAGCAGAUGACAAACUUACUAUUCAUCGCCUGGCUGCCAAGUCCUUGAUCCAGACCCUUGAUGGAAACUUACAGGAUGCUACAGAAGAGAAGAAGAAAGUGGUGGAUGUCAGCCUUCAGUCGGGAGUUGUCUCCUCUCACACUGCCUACGUUGCUAUCAACAAGGAGCUCAAUCAGCCCAUUCAGGGGCCCCUGAGUCGGAGGGAUAUUCCAUUGCCUUUUACUUAUGGCAGUGCCUCAGCUUUGCACCAUAUUGCAAGAAGUGCAGGUGUUUCUGCAUUUCCUUGCCUUAUACCUUUAUGUCUUUCCACAAUCGACACUAUGGAAGCAUAUUUUGAUGAUUAUCAUGAUGGUGACUCAGACAUACCUGCUAGUGGAGCGUGUGGUUAUUUGUCGGAGCCUGAUGACUGCAAUGAUAGCAAUAUUUGUGAAUCAGACUCUUCCACAAUGAUAUCUGCCAGAGACACAUCCUCUCCAGAGUCUCCACUUCUGCAGCUGAUUUCCCUCCAGAAGGCAGAUGGUUCCUGGGAACUGGAUGAAGCUCUGGCCUCAGUCCUGGGUAUGAGUGUUCAGAGUACAUUGGCCGCAUUGCCUGCCCAGAGUAAAGAUGUCCCAAGAUGGGCCACCAUCUUGGCUGUGCUGUGGAUGCACAGCUCUAGUUGGGACCAGAGAGAAGAAUGGGAACUCCUAGAAAGGAAGGCUGUGGCAUGGAUCCAGGCUCGAUCUGAUUCCUCCCUGGGUGAAUGCAUCAAAGCUGCCAAUGCUCUCCUGAAAUCAUCUGUGGAUCCUGCUGUCUUUGGCCUGUGAGAAUAGCAGUGGAAGUGUUUAUCUUUGGCUGCUGCUCUUUAUCCUCUAUGCUGCUAAAACCUGUUGCUGUGCUGUCUGCUUUCCCUAUUAUGCUCAUUCCCCGUAAGGACUUCUCUGUUCCAAUUUAAGUGUUUAUCAAGGGCCCUAGUGUGUGUUGGACAUGUGGUAACAGCUAAUGCUAUGCACAAAAAUGAUAGUCUCCUCACAGAAGCAGCUUGCAUUCUACUGAGGAAAGCAGGAAAUUAGCAAGUUUGAAAAUAUGCACAAAAUAAAAAAAAAACAUUUUUGCGGGGGCACGGGGAGAAAUGGGAGGAAGAAUUAAACAACUCAGAGAAUCAAGAAAAGCCUGUUUCAGUUCCACACUUUUAUACUAGAUCAUUCUUUGUGGCUACCAGGAUCUGUCACUGCAUAAAAUCCAUCAGGUUCAGGACUGGGGAGGACAGACAUUGCUCUAGAUUUUCCUUUCCCCCCCUUUAGACUAUCUUAAAGUAUAUGAAAAAAAGAGUGGUUCCCCCCGAUUUAUAAAUGAGUAAACAGAAGGAGGGAGGGGCUGAUUUGAAGUGUCUUUUAGUCUAUGUGUAGGUGGGGAUUUCACUUUUGAGGAAUGAAAAUUUAGAUAAUGGUAAGACAUGCAUCUACCACAACAUGUUAUUCUAUAACAGAACUAGAAUUAUUUGCAUUAGAUGACUUGAAAAAAAUUCUUGUUAUACUUUAUCUAGCUGGAUAAAGCUGGUAAGCAGGUUAAGGUCCCCACACAAAGGCAGCUAGCGGUAGAAGGCAGGCAUUAGGUUUAACCUAACUUUGUGCUUGGGGGAUGGGCUUAGGAAGAGAUACCUAAAGUGCACUGGACCAUUCUGAUUCUGUCUGUGUGGCGUUUACAUCCCCUACCUCUACAAGCACUGAUGAGCUCCCCACGCCACCUAUGGCUGCUCGUGGAGACAUAGAGACUAAUCUGUGCUCAUGGAGGUGGAACUCUAUGAUUAUGCGCUGCAGGCCCUUGGCUUUUAUGCCUUGUUGUCUGCUGAACAGCAAUAGUAGUAGAUCUAGGAUAGAAAUACACAUCUCCCUCUCUCUGAGAUGAAGGAAAAGGUUUUCUCUGCAUGUUGCAAUCUUAUAUCCUCACUUGCUUUGUCAUGUGUACUUGAGCUCUUCAGUAUUUGCUUAUUUGCUGCAAAUAUUCUACUACCAAGAAUAAAAUGACUUGUCUAUUA